AUGUCGCUGACGGACGUUCCCAUGUCGGCGAGUGCCCGGCAGCACUUUCAGCAGUACCUCUCGCAGCUGCCCACCUCGAGCAGUGGUGCUGGCAGCAGCAAGACCGCACCCUCCGACCCCGACGAGCUGCUGCGCCAAGCUACCAUCCUGAACCGCCGAACCGACGAGCUACACGCGCGUCUCGCCGAGCACGAAUCCGCCGGCACCGACGAUCCGCAGCUGUUCUGGACCACCGUAUCGCUGCUCAGCAACCUCCGCGAUGUGUCCGUCCAGCUGGGCCGAGCCAACUCGGACCGCAGAACCGCCGAUGCGCUCGCACGAACGCGGCAGAACGUGGCGAUUGCCGAGUCGAUGCUGAGCGUGCUCAGUGUGUCUGGUACGACGCAGGCCAGCGGGCCGUUCACCGCCCCGCUCCAACCCACUUUGGCGGUUGAGACGCCAGGCCAAGCGCCAAGCCACACAGAGCGGAAAGGAUAUGAGAGCUGGAGACAGGAGGCUCUUGCUGGGAUUGACGACGAUGCUUCGACCACAUCGACGCUGGGGUACGAAGAGUCGGACGCCGAGUCGGUGCUUACGGAUCCCGAGAUCCACGCUGCGCCGUCCAAGCCCGCGGUGGCGCUAGGUGGCAUUCGAAGGGAAGAAGAUGAUGAUGAUCUGUCCGAGUACGAUCGUGGGCUCAAGUCGCGAGGCGAAGCGUCUGCCGCUGCGACAACUGCGACAACUGGGACGAAUGGGACGGCGGGGGCGCCGGGGGCCAGUGAGACCAUUCUCCAGUCGGACCGGGCGACGCACGAGGCGCUCUCGUCCGAGCUGCUGCGCAUGGCGUCGGUGCUCAAGACCAACUCGCUCGCCUUUGCCGAUGCGCUCGAACGCGACCGUGUGCUGCUCGAAAAGGCAGGUACCGAUCUGGGUCAGAACCUGGACCUCAUGACGCGCACGCGCGGCCGUCUCGGCGUCUACUCGAAGAAAGCCCGCAGCAUGGGCUGGUUCACCCUCUCAGCCAUCCUCGUCGUCAUGGUCAGUUGGAUGCUAAUGUUUCUCCUCAUCCGUCUCACCUAA